AUGGCCGAGCUUCUAAGUGUAUCAGCAAGUAUAUUAGGUGUUGUUGUGCCUACUAUGCAUGGUAUACGAGUUCUCCUAGCCGAUUUGAAGCAACUUAAAGAUGCACCGGAGAAUUUGAAAGCCCUCAAACAUGACAUCCACUCUGUAGAGAGUGCCGUUGCCUCUGUCCGAGCAAUCGAAGAUGGGGAAUGGGAUACUCUUGGCCCUGAGGUCUCCAACAACGCAAAGUCGACAGUUCAGAUGAUUGGCACGGCGUGCUCAACCUUCAGAAACGAUCUUCAAAACUGGACGCGUCACUCCCAGGGACAAUCUCUCUCCUGGCGUGAUCGAUCGACUUUUGGUUUCUGGAAGCAGUCUCAUAUCAAGUCUAUGAAAGGGCAGCUGCAAAAUUGUCAAGCUACAAUCACCAACGUAGUUAGUAUAGCGACACUAUACAGUUCCAUUCGUCAUGCCCACAUGACUGAGGACAUCAGGACCAUUGUCGCAGUGAGGCAAGGUGAAAUCUCAACUGCCAUCCAAAUUACAAAUAGUCAAUCUGCAGAAGUAGACCGCAUGAUACAGGAUGCAGAUGCACCAGACCUGAUGCAGGAUGAAGAGUGCUCAAAUGCAGCUCGUCAACUAAGAGGAGAACAGGAUGCGCUCAGUUUGUCUCAAAGGCUGUUCGAUGAAUUGCUGUUGAAGGUACAGGAGCCAGCUAUUUCCCAGGCUAUGGCGGAACACCAAGCUCGGCCUGUUUACAAUACCAGUUUCUCAGGAGCCAACCAUGGUGGACAGCAGAUUGGUGUUUCGAAUGCUCCUAUUCACUUCACUUCAGGUGCUAGAUAA